AACGGGCACUUUCCGGAACAAGAUGUCUGCUAUGGAAAAACAAGCUUUGAAAAAUAAACUGGGUGGUUUACCACCAAUGCCACCACCUGGUGUAGGAGGCCAUGGAAAGAGACCAAUUGUUAGGAAAAGAGAUUAUACUCCUGUUUACUGGGACCAUUAUUUUGAACAUGAGCAUGAUGUAAAAGUAGAAGAAAAUACUUUCAGAGUGUAUGAAUGUGGUAAGGAAGGACCAGUCCUACUUUUUCUUCAUGGAGGAGGUUUCUCAGCUUUAUCAUGGGCCUUGGUAUCAAGUAAUAUAUCACAUUUAGUCACAUGUCGAUGUGCUGCAGUGGAUUUGAGAGGUCACGGAGACACAGUUACAACAGACGAUGGAGAUCUUAGUUCAGAAACAAUGUCUAGUGAUGUUGGCAAUAUAGUGAAGGCUUUAUAUGGAGAAGAUCCACCACCUAUAAUACUGGUAGGACACAGUAUGGGAGGUUCUAUAGCAGUAAACACAGCCUUCAGACACCUGAUUCCAUCCUUAAUUGGUCUGAUUGUAAUUGAUGUUGUUGAAGGAACAGCUUUGGAAGCAUUAACCAGUAUGCAAAGUUUUUUGAGAGGCAGGCCUGUUGUAUUUAAAUCUCUGGAACAUGCCAUUGAAUGGAGUGUUAGAGCAGGACAAAUAAGAAAUGUAGAAUCAGCCAAAGUUUCAAUGGUUGGGCAGCUUAAAAGAUUAGACACAGCAGAAACAGCUACCUCACAACUUGAUCAUGAACAUGAGAUGGAAGUUGUUACAUCUACAAAUGAUACAAUAGCUGAAGAGGAUGAAGAUGAGGAUGGAGAAAGUAAAAAAUCUAAAAAUAGCACAGACCGAUUACAGAGUACAGACAUAUUAACCUCAGACACAACAGAAUCCUCUAAAAAUCUACAGCAACACACAGAGAGUUUUAAAAAGCCUGAUAGUUCUACAAAAUAUACAUGGAGGAUAGAUUUGGGCAAAACAGAACCUUUUUGGAAAGGCUGGUUUCAAGGGCUAUCAGAAAAGUUUUUAUCCUGUGAUUGUCCCAAAAUGUUAUUAUUAGCAGGGGUGGAUAGACUAGACAAAGAGCUUACCAUAGGUCAGAUGCAGGGAAAGUUCCAGAUGCAGGUUCUACCUCAGUGUGGUCAUGCUGUGCACGAAGACAGUCCUGAUAAGGUAGCAGAUGUUCUUGCCACCUUUAUGGUCAGAUAUAAAGUUGCUGCAGCUACUCAUAAUUUUGAAAGAGCAUUUCCUGGCUGUUGAGUACUGGAUGACAGCUUUAUGAAUUUCACAUGUAGACAGGCAGUAACCAAGCAAAUUAGUUGAUUUUGGAUACAUUAUUGUUACAUGCACAAAAUGUCAUUUAGAAAUAACAUUUGAACAUAUUUGAAGUAUGUCUAUUUGUUAGCAGCUUCUGCAAAUAUUUUGACAGAAAUAUUGUGAAUGUAAACAUUUUUCAUAUAUUUUUCCAAGUGUAAUAUGUAUUAGAACAUCAUUUUAAAGUUCUUGGAAAAAAAUCAUAAUUAGUGAAUUAUUAAUCAGAAAUUGUCAGAGGUGUGAAAAAGUGUCAUACAUCAAGACAGAAAAUUCCCUUUUGUUUUCAUUCUUUAAUGUUUUUUUUUAAAUAUUCUUUCAAUAUUUUAAGGGAUUAAUAAACUAUCCAUUGUCAGUUUGUUUUCAACUUAUGAGUUUGAAUGUCCUUUUGACAUCUUUCCCCCUCUCUUUUAUCACUCUCAUUGUCAAAAUAUGAUUUGGGGAUCCACAGGUUGAGAACAAUUGGGACAUAAAAUCCCUUUUGGUAAUAUAACUAAUGGGAUAUAGAUAAACUGCAAAAGAUCUUUCAAUUUCAGAUUAUAUUGGAGAAUAUUGCAAAGUGAAAAUAAUCACUUAAAAGGGAACCACCUUUGGUUAGCAACUUUUUUGUCAAACUGAUUCUUUAUGAGGGAUCAAUCUAGCAACUUAUUAAGUUUCUAAAAAAAAAGUUGCCAAUAAUGAUUUUAAUAAAUGCACUUUUCGAUAUCUUGGAUGAAAUCCAAAUGAGGAUUUUUUGCACUGUAGAUCUAAAUCUCAAACGGAUUAUAAAAACUAUUUGAGUAGGCAGUUUCAACCUGAAAAUCAAAAUUUGUGUAGUAAUAUUGGCGUAGAUGUGUAGUAAUUUUGAAUACUUGCACAAAACUAAGAAUAUUAAAAAUUGAUACAAAAGAUUUAUACACCAAUAAAAUUUGUUAUUAUGAAAGGAUUCUUCUCUAAAGUAAAAUGGGUAAAUAUUCAUAUUACAUUAACAUGUUCUCGUCCUGAAUAUGCAUAUUAAUUUGCAGCUUGAUGUUAAGCAGCCUUCCAUCAUCAUCAUCAUCUAAAGUAAAUAACAAAAAUACCGAACUUCAAGGAAAAUUAAAAGCAGAAAGUCCCUUAUCAAAUGGCGAAAUCAAAAGCUCAAACACAUCAAACGAAUGGAAACUACUGUAAUAUUUCUGACUUGGUACAGGCAUUUCAUGUAGAAAAUGGUGUAUUAAACAUGGUUUUAUAUCUAGUGAAACCUCUCACUUGUAUGAAAGUCACAUAGAAUUCCCACAACAUCAUCAAAAAAAUAUGUUUGGCAUAUUUAAUAAUAAGCUAUACUAAUGUCUGUAGUAAAAUGCUCUAUGUGUGGUUUUAUAUUACACAGUUAGUCUUUGUAAGCAGCCUGCAUGAUCAUUUUAGGAAGUUUUAAUUGGGCUGUGUUUCUUUGUAGAACAUUUAACUUUUUGUCGACUUUUUAUGAUGUUUUUGAAAUAGCUUAAUUUGAUAAUUUAUUAUUUAAAUUUAGAUAUAAGAUAUGGCAAGUCAGGAUUGACACUGCUUAGAUAAAGAUGUGUUGUUUUGUUGAAUUAUUGUCUUAUAAGUGUAUUUGUUUUGCUGUAUGAUUUCAUAGAUUCACUUUAUGAAACAGCACACUAAAGCAAAGAAUGAUAUUUUUUCAUUUAACUACAUAUUAUUGGCUUUUGUUACAUAUAUUUGACAAAAAAAAUUAAAUAUUAAAGUAAAUUAUGAAAUAUAAA